GUUAUUUUUAGUUUAAUAAAUUGACAACAACAAAUUAAGAUUAUUUUCAAAAUUUAAUUGAAUAAAAUUUAUAUGCAAUGUUGUGGCCAAGAUGCGCCUAAAUCGUAACGUGUGGAGGAGGGCAACGUGCGUGAGACAUUCGAACAGCUGUUGAGGUCUGGAAUCGCAAAAGCGCAAAGAAAGAAAAAAAAAACACAAAAGUGGCAGCAAAAGUUUGCGGAGAGAGCGCGAGAGAAGUUGAUGGCCAAAGCUUUUUUUAGCCUGUCGUCAUCGUGAACCCUAAGGGUCGUCGUCGUCGUCGUCGUCGUCGACGUCGUCGAGUCAGUCGAACGGGCAACGAAGUUGCAUACGCAACAAAUUUUCUGGUCAGCGGGUCGCGGUUGCUGUUUGUCGUGUUUUGUUUUUGGUUCGUGGCAAAGGCAGAGGCGAAAAGCGUAGCUUGUGUUUUUGUUUAUGUACACAGAGUCGACUAAAUACACACGGGUAUACACACACACACACGCAUACGCACACAAUCAAAGGCAACGCCAAAUUCGCCACACCUCUUCGCGUGCGCGAGUGUUCUGUGACGUCACAAAUUUGAUCGCGCCUGCCAAAUUGUGUAAGAAUAUCAACAACAACAACAACAAAGAUGACACACUGUCGCGGCACCUUCAGGCAUUUACUGCGUCAUUGCCAUGCACAGUCCAAACUGGCAGGAGUCCGCAGCAGCUACAACAGCCGCGGAUUCACCUGGCCGGCCGCAUGCAACAGCAAAUUGAACAACACCCUAAACAAGCAGCUACCUGCCUGGCUACCUGCCACUAGCCGCGACUACUCCAAGUUUAGCACGCACCUGAGCAGCGAGCGAGCGAUGGAGCUGCUGUGCAAUCUGGACGAGGACGAGCGUCUCAAUCUGCGCGAUGCCAUGUGCAAGCUGGAGGCUGACAUACUGAAGAAAAAUCUCGUAAGCCAACUAGCUGUUGGCAGUUGGCGGACGCGCUUCGGACGUCUUUCCAAUAAGGUGGGCCAGGUGGAUCCGUCCGGCACAUUUUGUGCGGUGCCCGAUGAGUGGCUGAGAAAGAAACUGGUGGAGGCGGCAGAACCACCAACCGCUAGUCAACUAUAUAGCAUUUUCUUUGUGAAUGCCGUGCCAUUUAUAGCCUUUGGAUUUCUUGACAACUUUAUUAUGAUCAUGGCCGGCGAAUACAUUGAAAGCUCAUUGGGCCAUUUCAUAACGCUAUCGACAAUGGCCGCCGCAGGUCUUGGUAAUACCAUAAGCGAUAUUAUGGGCAUUACCAUGGCCACAUAUGUGGAGGAAGGCUGUGAGCUAUUGGGACUCAAGCAACCCCAAAUGACGCCCGCACAAUUUGAAUUGAAGUCAAGCAAGCGAGCCUCCAGUUUGGGUCGCAUAGUGGGCAUCACAGUCGGCUGCCUAAUUGGCAUGUGCCCCUUGUGGCUGAUGAAGGACGAACCGAAAAAAGCGGCUGAGAAUUAGGUUUUCCACAUUAAAAAAUCUAACUAGCGAAACAGUCAAUUCUAUGAAGUUUCCGUUGAAAUCGCAAUCCGAAUGCAAACUUUUGAUUUUAUGUCAAAAUUGAUAAUUUUCUGGGGUCUAAAUGCCCACAACUUGAAUAUGGAUUUCAUUUCAUUAAAGUCUGAAAAUAAUUUAA